ACAAGGGGAACUCUGUCUGUGGUCUGCGGCCUUUAGCAGAUUUAGCUCAUCUCACACUUUUAGCCACAGAGACCGACACAUGUCAAAAAGAGAAGAAAUGUAGCAGAGCUUCACACGGGUUUGCACGUUUCAAGAAGACAUAGAUAUGCUGGUGCAGCCGCCUACAAUCCAUUCAGGUUCAUGUUUAUAUGAUAACAACACCAACAUUACCAUCGCUGCAUGCAAAGUGGAUACCCUUCAGGGUUUGGCUUACAGCGCAGUGUUUCUCCUGGGUUUCCUUGUCAAUGCUGCUGCUCUGCAUGCCUUCAUGGCCAAACGGGCCUCCUGGACAGACACCCACAUCUACAUGCUCAACCUGGCUAUAGCUGAUACCACCCUCAUCCUCUUCCUUCCCUUGAGGAUCUAUGAUGCCUUCUUCUGCCUGCCCAAGACUCACUUGUGUACUUUCCUCAUAUUCUUACAUUUCAUCAACAUGUACGCCAGCAUCCUGACCACCACGGCCAUCAGUGUCCAUCGCUACCUGGUUAUAAGGUUCCCACUGCAGGCUAGAUCAUGGAGGAAGAAGAAAGAGACCGCUUUUGUUGUGUGUUUGCUUCUUUGGGGGUUUCUUUUGACAAUAUGCGUUAUAUUCCGAGAGGACAAUUACCCCGAACAAACUCUGGACCUGUUUGAAAGAUGUAAACAUAUCCCACUUCAUCCACAGUUUAUAGUUAUUCUGGUGUUUUUGGGCUACAUCGCUCCAAUGUCGAUUGUUGUCUUCUGUUCCAGUUGCAUCAUCCGUAUUCUGGUAAAGGUGGAUGACAAGACAGAGGAAAAGAACAGCAUCAUUGGCAUAGUCACAGCAAACAUGAUCAUUUUCAUUGUCUGCUACACACCGAUCCAUGUUAGCUUUGUUGUCAACUACUUUAAACAAAUUUCCAGAAAACUGGCAGUUUGAAUACUUAGAUGCACACGUGUAUUUACUUGUGUCUGAAUGGAUCGCUUCCACAAACUGCUGUUUCGAUUCCAUCGGCUAUUAUUUUCUAUUGAAACGCUUCUAUUCAUAAGUGAGUGGGAGUCCAAGCAUUUGGUUUCAGACAAUGAAGGCCUAAAAUAAAUUCUAAUUUUAAAAUGGGUACUUCACUGAUCAAGUUCAGUUUACUGCUCAUGAAAGGUAUCUAUGAGAUCUUGAGAUUCAACAUUUUUGACACAAACAUGCAUUACAAAUUGGAGGUGUGGGGUUUGCGCUACUAUCGCACCUGCUGUUACUAAGCAACCAAAACCUGGAUGCUGCAAUGACAAUGAUGAUCAAGUUGCGUUAAGUUAGCAGUAAGAGUCACUGACUAAACUAAACAAAGUCAAAACAAAGAUUAAUUAAUUUCCAUGUUCAUUUACAAAUCAUCAUUUACUGAUGUUUCGUCAUCAACAGUUUGGCUGACCUUUCAACUGGAAAUUGUGAUGUCAUUAGUCAGCAAGGGUGAAGAAAGUAAAGAUUGUGGAGACCCGAACAGAUAGAAAAGCUCCAGGUAAUCUUGCACUAAAUGUAUCUACUUCCCCUUCAUAUACUUAUCGUAGACUAUUGUUUAAGCAAAACAGAAAAGACAUCAUCUUUAUUAUUAUUAUGUCUCUUGUGAGCCCUCCAACUUUUUGGAUGUGCAUUCCCAAAACGUGUGAGUACCCCUUUAAAUCUGCAGUACUGUCUGACUGAUUGCAAUGUUUAUUAUUUGACGAUUUUUCAUGAUUUAUUCCAAUGAAGUGUACGGGAUAUGGAAAA